AUGGCACAUCAGAAAAAUCUAACACUCAAAGAUGAAAUCCUGAUUGAGGGAUUCGAGAACCUCAGUGACUACAGAAUCCCUCUCUUCCUUCUCUUGCUGAUCAUUUACACAUUAACUUGCAUUGAGAACAUCCUGAUAAUAUUCUUAGUAUGUAUAAGCCCUCGUCUCCAUUGUCCCAUGUACAUCCUGAUCGGGAAUUUGCUCUUCUGCGAAUUCCUCUAUACAACAGACCUGGUGCCCCUGAUACUGCAACACAUGCUAUUGGGAAGAGGGGUCAUCUCCCGCCUUGGCUGUUCUAUCCAGUUAAGUGUAUCUGGAUGUGUAACGAUCGUUGAGACUUUGCUGCUCACUCUGAUGUCAUACGACAGAUAUUUGGCUAUUUGUAAGCCUCUCAGGUAUUCAGUCCUCAUACACAAUAGACUCUGCUUUUAUGUGGUAACUGGAUUUUGGGUAAUUACAUUGGCAUUUAUCACAGUUGUAUUUUACUUUGUAAUAAAUCUUCAAUUCUGUGGCCCUCUGACCAUCGACCAUUUUUACUGUGACUUCACCCCUUAUGUUUCUCUUGCAUGCUCUGAUAUAGUGCCUAUUGUUUUAUUAGGCCUUGUGAUCAGCAUUGCAUUAACCAUUUUACCUUUCUUUUUGAUUGUUCUGUCCUACCUAUUCAUCAUAUUCACAAUUCUCAGGAUACAGACGUCGGAGGGAAGGCAGAAAACCUUCUCCACCUGCAGCUCCCACCUCCUAGUGGUGACUAUAUAUUUCAUAGCACUUUUCUGCUUGUAUGUGAUUCCGAGGAGUAGCCGUUAUCUCGAUUUCUACAAAGGGUUGUCCUUCACAUACUUUUCGGUGACUCCGAUGGUAAACCCCAUCAUUUAUACAUUGAGGAAUCAGGAGAUUCAUAAAGCUCUGGAGGCGGCAAUUACUAAAAUGAAAACUAUUUAUUGUUAA